GGAAAACAUUUUAAAUAUGCAAAUUUCAGUUAACAAUAUUUUCGUGGAAAAAUGGCAGUAAAUCACACGUAAUCGCACUUUUCGGGGUGAAUAUUUCACAACUAGCUCAGUGUGUUUGUGUGAAGGGUCGGUUGAUUGAUAGGAGAUAUUGUUGCUGUUAUUGCUCGUCCUUAGCGGCUUUUCUUCUUGUACAGCUUCUCUGUUCAAGUACGAGUUGCUUUUCCCAACAUGCUUAGUAAGCGGAGUACAUUUGAAUCACUUUUUAUUGAGCUUGCUCAGGGAUAGCAUAAUAAUUAUUUUUUAUUAUUUAAUAUAUUAAUUUGUUUAUUGAUACUGAUUAAUUAAUAAUUAAUUUUUAUACUUUGGCAACUAACAUUUUUCACUGGCAACCAAAAAUAAACUUUCAGUGGCCAAAUGGCCACUAAGGAAAAAAGUUAACUUGGAGGGUUGACACAUAAUAUUUUGCCAUCAACUUACCGUUAAGCUUAUGCAAACUGGUAAAUAUAUUCAAAUAUUCACCAACAGUCAAGAAACAACUGCUAAGCAGGUUAUUAUUUUUGAGUAGGUAAUAUUUGUCUGAGUGAUCAUUCCAUUAGCCUCUAUACUGUUUGGUGAAUUGCAAGUGGACAUCUUGACAAAUGUAAAUGUCUUGUAACCAAAAGUUUUUAACUUCUAUCAGGUGAAAUUAUUUUUUUUUGCUCUUCAACUGAUUUUUAUUUUGGAAAAAAAUCAAAGCACUCAUGUUUACUCUAGUGAAACUAUAAUGCUAAUUAUCAUCUUCAAAUUUUAAUGAUACCAGACUAUGAUCAACAAUUUUGUCUGGAGUUGACAAAUUUGUAGUGUUUAUCAUGGGAAUACUUUCGUCCCAUGCACAAAUUUGAAUGAAUGAAUGAAUGAAUGAUGCAUGCAUGAAUGAAUGAAUGAAUGAAUGAAAACUUUAUUAAUGUGUCAGUAUAUUUAGCUAUAGAUUAGCUAAUUGAGGACACCUAACUAAAUUCGAUAGCUGAUGACUAAUUUACAAAAAUAAAUAAUUUAAUUAUUUAUAUAUUGAAGUAAUUUAAUUUAAAUAUUAAAGUUGAUAAAUACUUAUUUACAGCAUAAUAAUUAAUACUAUAAAAUGAUACUGUUCACGAUUUACAUAGUUUGUAGCAACUGCUAUUGUGGUAAAUGAGGUCUGAAAGGUCAAUUUUUCUUAUUCUCGUCUUAAAUGUCGUGAGCGUUGGUGACGUUCCAAAUGACAGUUGACUUAAACUCUCUCAAGAUCAAAAAUCCACAAGUUCUGUUCCUAUUCAGCUCCUGGCGAUCCUUUUCCCCUGACUGUUUCAAUGCCCUACCUAAGUUUCCCAAUUCGCCACAAUGUCGUCCUUAUCUAGAUGAUGACACAUAUUUGAGAUUGUACGUACGCGUUGUUCUUGGGUAGACCCCUUGGUAGACUUGGUACAGGAUGACUUUGGAGAUCAUGUCCUCCACUGGGUUCUCCAACUUCGGCAAUUUCCUCGAAAGCGUGCCGCACUUUUGGCGCACUUUCUUUCCCAGAUAUCUCACUUUGCCUGUUGGCAUGCUGUUCACGGUAUAUAGCAAGGGCUGUGUCUUCAUAGCGCUGUCGGAUAUAUUCUUGAACUUCCGAAGAAGUUUUCUUUUUGCUUCUCAAUUUUCUGACCAUUUAUCCACUAUGGACAACAUAGAAUUAUAAAAUUACUUGACACGGUUGCAUAGUGAUGCGCGUUGAGCUUCUUGAAGGCACUGAAUAUCCUUUCACGUAAUCACGAGAGCUCUGGUCUUUGCAAGAUAGGGUAACUUCUCUCGUAUUUACAGUCGCCAUGACAGUUCCUUAUACCGUAAUCAUUACCAGACUCUUCUCGCCUGAUGCGUAGGUUGGACACAGGAAACCCACCUAUGCACUAAGUUAUAAAACUGCCUGAAAAGCGCAACUAUUGAACGAGAGUUGAUGCGGUCCUAGGCCCCCAGAUAAUAAGGGGAGGAGAGUCUCUACAAAUUAAAUCGUCGACAAACAUACGAGAACAGAAGCGUUCUUUACAGAAGCAAGAUCAAGGAGGCAAUUUACUGUCUACUAAAAGAUUCUUCUAAAUUUGUUGUACACUGACAGCAUUCAUCAGAUAUGGCGGACAUCAACAUUGUUGGUGUGGUGGCGAUCAUUGUGUUUUAUUUGUUAAUCCUCGUUGUUGGCCUGUGGGCCGCAAGGCGAAGAAAGGAAGGCGAAGAAGAAGCAAUGUUAGCGGGCAGAAGUAUUGGAAUAUUUGUUGGCACUUUCACAAUGACAGCAACCUGGGUUGGAGGAGGAUACAUCAAUGGUACAGCAGAAGUGGUGUAUGACUCGGGUCAAGGUCUCGUCUGGGCCCAGGCACCUUGGGGAUAUGCGCUCAGCCUGGUUAUAGGCGGGUUGGUUUUUGCCAAGAUUAUGCGCAAAAAAGAGUACUUCACGAUGCUGGACCCUUUUCAAGAGAAGUACGGUCUGCGCAUGGGUGGACUGCUAUACAUUCCGGCCUUACUGGGAGAGAUAUUUUGGUCGGCAGCCAUCUUAGCUGCCCUCGGAGCCACAGUCAGCGUCGUCAUCAACUUGGAUCGCUUUGCCUCCAUCAUUGUUUCGGCGUGUAUCGCUGUUUUUUACACGCUGAUUGGAGGGCUCUACUCUGUGGCUUACACCGAUGUUAUCCAGCUCACAUGCAUCUUCGUUGGAUUGUGGCUCAGUAUUCCAUUCGCCAUGACGAAUUCAGCGGUCAGCAGCAUCUCGACCCAGUCCACACGGUGGGUGGGCGAGUGGUCUUCUACGUACACUGGAGUGUGGAUCGACUAUGGUCUGCUGUUGAUAUUUGGUGGUAUUCCAUGGCAAGUUUACUUUCAGCGUGUGUUAUCAUGUAAAACGGCAGCUAAAGCGAAGGGCCUUUCUUUAGCAGCCUCGCUUGGGUGUGUGGUGAUGGCUAUCCCAGCGGUCCUCAUUGGGGCCAUUGGUGCCUCCGCAGAUUGGACCAAGACUGAUUUCUUUAAGCCAACCGGUAACGCUACUAACCAGACUGCGGAGUUUGACAAGUCGCUGGUGCUUCCCAUGGUGCUUCAGUACCUCACACCAACCGCGGUGUCGUUUGUGGGACUGGGCGCGGUGUCUGCCGCUGUCAUGUCUUCUGCGGACUCAAGCAUCCUCUCCGCUAGCUCCAUGUUCUCUCGAAACAUUUACAAACUUAUCUUUCGACAAGGGGCCUCGGAGAAGGAAGUCGUCUGGGUGAUGCGUAUAGCCAUAUUUGGAGUUGGCGCGGCAGCUACAGCUAUGGCUCUGGCCGUGGACUCUAUCUACAGCUUGUGGGCGUUAUGCAGUGACCUGGUGUACGUCAUACUGUUCCCACAGCUGUGUUGUGUCAUCUAUCUUAACGGCACCAACACUUACGGAUCUUUCAUGGGCUACGUCCUAGGGCUUGUGCUGCGCGUAUUGGGAGGAGAGGAUAAAAUCGGUAUUCCACCGGUCAUCAAAUACCCGUAUUACGAUGACGAGAAUGGUCAGCUGUUUCCUUUUCGUACCCUGUCUAUGAUAGUUUCUUUUGUCACUAUCAUUGUGGUAUCGUACUCACUGAAGUUUUUGUUUGAGAGGGAAAUUCUACCAUUAUCCCUAGAUUUCUUGCACUGCUUUAGAAAGUACGAUUUGGAGAAAACAGGUGCUGGGGCAUAUGAGAAAUAUCCCAUGGAAGAACGAGACGGAAGCUCGGCGCUUUGAACUUAGAUUGUAACUCAAGUUUUGGAUCAUACGUUAGUAUGUUGUAUACAUUUUAUUCCCUUGACAUGUAAACACACACGAGGAAAUAAUGAUGGCAUCCCAACAUAAAACUAAAUUGAAAAAAUGUCGCUACUCCACUGUAGCACUGGAAUUGUAUUAUGAUUAAUAACUUUUAACGAUAAUCGCUGCAUGCAUAGUAAAGGUGGCUUGAAUGUCCUUCGUCUUUGACAUCGAAAUGCUAAUAUACAUUAUUUUUGUAUACACUGGUUGUGUACUGUUAUGCCUGACUGAUUAUAUGCAAUUCGAAGAGAGCUGGCAUUUUAUGGGGAAAAAAUCACGUUAUUUUUAGAUUUUUUAAUUUGAGCUUGCUUAUGUGCGCAUUCGUUACUCGGUAUAUACAGUGUCAUCUGAUGUUAUUUCAUCGACUUCGUCUCCUCUGCAGAUAAUUCUCUUUGUUUGUGGGUCACAAAAAAGGGUUAAAUCCGUCUGCGUUUACGAGCCAGCACCACGCUUUUGUAGAAGGCUUUUCAUCAUGGACAGAAACCGAUAUUCCGCGGGCAAAGACCAUCUUUUAAAAAAAAACCAACCUGAUACAAAGACGAAUAGCGCAAAAAAAAAAAAUUCAUUCCCAACUGCCGUUG